UCACCUGACACAACCUUUCAGCUGACGUUAGAGAGCCGUUGAGACGCACGUUGCCCAGUCAUCUGCAGGAAGUAGUUCACUCCAGUGUGGCGCCAUCUUGUGAGGACGUAGCUCCAGGAGUUUACUGACUACAGAGUCAGACGGUGUGUCAGGGAGUACGAGAGGCAACAUUUUUGUUAACUCACUGUUGACGGUUGUUCCGAGAUGGACCUGACAGGGAUCCUAACCCUCCUCCUCCAGCUUAUCUCAGACUAUGUUGUUUCAAAUAAGAAUUGUAUUUCCUCUGAUGACUCUGCCUCUCCAGAACCUAUGACCACUUUGAGCACUUCAAGUUCAGGACCAGAUUCAGAUCCAGAGAGUUCAACCUCCACUGACUGCUCUACCUCUUCAACUCCUACGGAAACUUCGACUACUUCAAGUCCAACACCAGAUCCAACGAUCAGAGCAUUGACUGACAGCACGACUACAGAAACAAUUUGGACAUCUUCCGAUUCAACACCAAGUUCAGAGAGUUCAGCCUCGGGUGUGACCAGUAGCCAGGCGAGUGCAGCAAAUGAGAGCUCUGUGAUGGUGCCAGUGCUCAGCUGUCUGGCUGUCGUGUUUGUGGUUGUUGUGGUUGUUGCCGUGUUUUUCUUGUGGAGAAGGAAACGACAAGCUGAUGAUGUCAGGAAAGAGAACAACCCCAGCUGCCUCUCUGUUGAGACCAACUUACAUCACAAGCAGGACUCGUUCAACGUUUAUGACAAACUUUGUCAUGACAACAGGAGAACCAACAUCAACAAUACUUCCACUACAGCAGCGAACUCACGUGACAACGACAACAACGAUGACUACGCCUACAUCGAUGACCCCGCGAUAAACAAGGGCGUUGUCAGGCUGCACCACGACAGGCCGGUGACGACCGAUGGUCAGCACGCACUCACUGACCCCUCUGUCAGCGGACUGGAACCUGACCUCUCCUCCACCUACACACUCGCCCGACCCACAGACAACGACAUUCCUGACCCUCAGCCUCCAGACUACUUCAUUCUGGAGGAGAGGGACAAGAAAGAGUGUGCUGAGCCAACCCAUUACUUUAUUCUGGAGGAGAGGGGUGAGAAGAAUUCAGCCGCAGACACAGACACCCAGCAGUACUUCAUUCUGGAGGAGAAACCGGAAGGAGGGGUUGGAGAGUCCUCCAGGUCUGAUGCUGACUACUUCGUACUCCCCUCCUUCGCUGUCAUACCUUCCCCAACUCUCUAAACAGUCAGGUACCCAUUCCCACCACCUGGGUCGAAUGGCGAAAGUUUGCUGCCCUAGUCGGGCAUUGAACCAGCGCACUCUCAGUUAGGACGUCAGCACUCGGCUCUCUGCUUGUCACAGAAGCGGUGAGGAAGUAAAGACGACAUUGUGAGUAACAAGACACGAGGAUGUUGACACCAGAUCUUUUCCUGAUGCCUGGGUAAUGCGAGAGUGAGAUGCGGUCGAAUAUUCUGUCACAGAAAAGACGAUUGUGUAUAUUUAACAAGCUACAUUUUUCACUUUGUGAAUUUUUUUAAAGCGUAUUUGAUAUCCCACAAAAGAUGUCGAGAAUAAACACUGAAUAAAGUUUA